AUGCAGAUAGUGAAGGAGUCGUCAUCGUCAUCGUCUAUGAGGAUGGUUGGAGAAUCAAGAAUGGAGUCGGUAUACGAGAGGGUACGGUUGUUGGUGUCGGGUAAUGCGGUGGUGGUUUUCACAAUAAGUGGUUGUUGCAUGUGUCACGUUGUGAAACAGCUACUCUUUGGGCUCGGUGUGGGACCUACUAUUGUUGAGCUAGAUAGGGAUGUUGCUGGCAAGGAAAUUCAUGCUUUGCUCUUUCAACUAGCUGGGGAUGGCCAGCAGCAACCUGUGCCCGCCGUCUUCGUUGGUGGCAAAUUCUUGGGAGGGAUUGAAACAGUUAUGGCUUGUCAUAUAAAUGGUACACUUGUUCCUCUACUCAAACAAGCCGGAGCCCUCUGGCUAUAAACUUUCAUAUAUACUAUUAGUAAAGGGAGAUCCACAAAAAAGU